AUGGCUCGCUGUCGGACAGACUGUAUACAGAAACCUCUCUCUUUAGCAUUCUACAAGUUUGGGAAAGUGGUGGGCAGGUACCCAUGGUGGUUCUUCUUAAUUCCCAUGGUCAUAUCUGCUGGUCUGGGAGCCGGAUUUUACUUUUUACCUCAGAGGGAGGCUAAUGACAUAGAAAAUGAGUUCACCCCGGUUGGAGGUCCAGCUAAAUCUGAGAGAGAAUUUGUGAGGACACACUUCCCAACUAAUGACUCAGGGCAUUUCUCUGCACAGAGACUUUAUACAGAAGGCUCCUUUCUCUCCAUUAUUGCUGUCAGUCUGUCUGAUAAUAUCAUAAAUGUUGAUUCAUUCAGAGAGCUUGUGAAGCUUGAUGAGAUGGUGCAGAAUCUGAACAUCACAAUAACAAAAAAUAAUGCUAAUGUGAUCUUGAACUUCCAGCAUCUCUGCACAAAGGUCCAGCUGGAUGAAUGUGCCGCAAUCAAUCCACUCUUAUCCAAAGUACAAAGUAAUGUAAAUCUGAUAGAGACAUUAAAUAUUAGUUAUCCCUUAUUUGAAGGGAGAACAUUCCUGGGAACAUCCCUGGGUGGGGUGAAACUGAACCCCAACAACACUGUACAGAGUGCAAAAGCAGUAAGAUUAGUGUAUUAUCUGAGAGAAGACAACCAGCAAGACCGAGAAAGAAGCCUGCAAUGGAUCGAGCACUUUAUCAAAUAUGCAUCUCAGAAUAUCGAAAUAUUACAACUAAAGAAUGUAAAGGCAUCUUAUUUUUCAUCAAUAUCAAGGCAACAGGAGUUUGAAGGGACAACGAAAUCUGUGAUUCCUCUGUAUUCCAUCACAUAUUUUAUUACUAUAUUCUUUUCUAUUAUAUCCUGUAUAAGGCGUGACUGUGUGAGGAAUAAAACUUGGGUGGCCUCUUUUGGAGUUAUUUCAGCUGGGUUAGCUGUACUUUCUAGCUUUGGUCUGUUAUUAUUAUGUGGAGUGCCUUUUGUUGCCACAGUAGCAAAUGCUCCAUUUCUUAUUUUAGGUGUUGGAAUUGAUGACAUGUUCAUUAUGGUUUCCAGUUGGCAACAAACUAAAGUUAAGAGCGGAGUUGAAGAAAGAAUGGGCGAGACAUAUAAAGAAGCUGCGGUCUCUAUAAUCAUCACAACCCUCACAGAUGUCAUAGCUUUCUAUAUAGGGAUAAUUACUUCUUUUAAGUCGGUGCAAUCCUUCUGUAUUUAUACCGGAACAGCCAUAUUGUUCUGCUUCCUGUAUAACGUCACUUGUUUUGGUGCAGUUUUAGCCCUUAAUGGGAGAAGAGAGGAGAGUAACAGGCACUGGUUGGUUUGUAAAAAAGUGCCAGAGAAAAAAGAUGACAGCCGUUCCACUUUCUAUAAUGUGUGUUGUACUGGAGGAAGAUUCAAUGCAGACACUGGCACAGAGACAGACCAUCCCAUGACGAAUUUCUUCCAUAAAUAUUAUGGUCCAUUUCUUACAACAAUCUGGACCAUGGUCAUUGUGUUAGUUCUAUAUGGUGGAUAUUUGGCUGUCAGCAUAUACGGGUGCUUUCAGGUACAGGAAGGAAUUGAUUUACGGAACUUGGCUACUGACAGCUCCUAUGUCCGUUCUUUCUAUGACAAUGAAGAUUUAUAUUUUAAUGACUAUGGUCCCAGAGUUAUGGUUGUGGUAACAGAGGAAGUCCCAUACUGGGAUGCAGAUAGCCGUAAUAAAACUGGCAGGUGUAUGGAGUCAUUUAAAUCAAUCCCCUAUGUCAGUGAAGACCUCUCUGAGUCCUGGUUGAAAGCAUACUUGGGGUUUGCUGAACUUCUUAAAGUGAAUGUAAAUGAUAAAAAUAAUUUUGUAGGAAAUUUAUCAAGAUUCUUGACUUUUUUCCCAGAUUUUAAACAAGAUGUGGAAAUUCAGUCAGCAGCUAUAAUCACUUCUCGUUUCUUCAUCCAGACUGUGAAUGUUGUGUCUGCCAUUGAUGAGAAAAACAUGCUAAUUCAGGUUCGGGACACAGCAAAGAGCUGUGAGGUCCCUGUUCUUGUUUAUCAUCCGGCAUUUAUAUACUUUGAUCAGUAUGCUGUAAUCAUCCAAAACACAAUUCAAAAUGUUGCUCUAGCUACUCUUGUGAUGUUUGUUAUUUCAUUAUUGUUGAUCCCAAACCCUCUGUGUUCCAUAUGGGUGACAUUCACCAUCGCGUCUAUUAUAGUGGGAGUCACUGGUUUCAUGGCUCUUUGGAAUGUUAACUUAGAUUCCAUAUCUAUGAUCAACCUUGUUAUUUGUAUUGGGUUCUCAGUAGAUUUCUCAGCCCAUAUUUCAUAUGCCUUUGUUUCCAGCGAGAAAUCCACAGCUAAUGAGAGGGUGAAAGAUGCACUGCACUCUCUCGGCUAUCCUGUAGUGCAGGGAGGUCUCUCCACCAUCCUGGGGGUCAUAGUACUCUCCACUUCACAGAGCUACAUAUUCAGAACAUUUUUCAAGAUUAUUUUCCUUGUUAUUGCCUUUGGAAUGCUCCAUGGGCUGGUCGUUCUUCCAGUGCUCUUAGCAUUAUUUGGAACAUGUGGCAAAAAACAAGUUGACAGUAAGGGAAUACAUCUGCCACAAAUUAAAAGUGACCCACAAAAUUCAGAUUUACAGCUUUCAUUUUCUGAAUCUAAAAUACACAAUAGAACAACUUGUUAUACGAAUGAGAAAUGUAUUGCAGAUCCCGACUGUCCAUAG